AAGAAAUUGAAGGCUGGAUAUUUUGCGAAGAAGAUUAUUUCUUCUAUUUAAGGGUGAACCUUGUGAUACAAAUGCAUCACUUAUUUGCAACUCACUACAAAACCAGUGAUACAAAUUCGGCCUUUCUUUAUUUUGUAAGAAAAUGGAGAGUUGGUGUUUAAGCAAGCAUAAAGCAUCAUUGUUGAUGUAUAUGCUGUUACUAUUUUCUAUGGUCGGAUGGAUACAAGGGAUCCAUAUAGAAGAUCAAAGAAAAGCACUUCUUGACAUUAAAGCCUCACUUCAUGAGCUGUCAAACCUUCUCGAUGUUGACAAUAUCUUGCCCACUUGGGUUGAUCAUGGAAGCACCGAGGGCGAAUAUUGUGAAUGGGAGAGGGUAAGGUGUGACAAAACCUCCGGGUAUGUAACCGACUUGUCUUUGAGCAACAUCGCCUCCUUAGAAGACGACCUCUACUUAAACUAUGAGAAUAAUUUAUAUAAAGGGGUGAUUUGGCCAUUAAACGUUUCUCUCUUCCUUCACUUUAAAGAGUUGAAAAAACUUGAUUUAUCAUGGAGUUAUAUUGGGGAUACGUUCAUAAGCUCAGGACUUGAAAGACUGUCGGGUUUAAAGAAGUUGGAGAAUCUGAACCUUAGCAAUAAUUAUAUAGAUUCAAACUAUCUUGAUACCAACAUCUUUCCUUCGUUGAGUGAGCUCACUUCACUCAAAAGUUUGGAUGUCAGUUUCAUUAAUGGAUAUCAACACUCGCCUACUCAUGAUAUUUCUGACUUUUCAACUUUAGAAAAUUUGGAGGUAUUGGAUCUCACUGGGUGUGGCUUUUAUGGUACCUUACAAAUGUCAGAGAGCGCUCCUACGUUACGGAAAUUGAAAGUUCUAAAUCUUGGGAAAAACCAAUUCAAUGAAAGCAUUUUAAAAUCUUUAAGUGCUCUUACAUCACUUAAAGCUCUAGAUCUUCGAAGCAAUAAUUUGCUUUCUGGAUUAUUUCCAUCUGAAGAGAUAAGUCAUUUUACUAACCUAGAGAAGUUGGAUUUAAGUGAUAACAAUCUCGACGGCGUAUCAAGUAUCCAAGGUUGUAAGAGCUUAAUGAGAUUACAAAAUCUGGAAAGCAUAUCUCUUGGCACUAACUAUUUUAACAAGAGCAUCAUAUCAUGCCUAAGUUUUCUUCCAUCUCUCAAGAUUCUUGAUCUUAGUGGUUCAAGUGAACUCAUAAUUGAUUCUUUUCCUUUGCGAGAGUUAUCUUCCUUGAGAGAGUUAACGAGGCUUGACUUGAGCAAUUGUAAUCUUGAGUCACUCACAUUAAAUGGUACCAUGAGCAAAUUGACACACUUAAAUCUAGAUAACAACAGAUUCAAUGAUGACAUCAUGAGAUCCAUGGCUGCCUUUCCAUCCCUAAGAUAUCUUUCUUUAGGCUAUUGUUUUUUGGGAGGAAGACUUUAUGGUAAUGAACUCCCUGAUUUACCUGACUUGGAAGUCCUCAUCUUGAAGGAGAAUAAUUUCAGUGGAACAUUACCAAUAGAAGCUUUGGCAUCUUUCCACCAUCUUGAGGUCUUAGAUUUGAGUUCGAACAAUUUUGUUGGAAGCCUCUCAUCAACGAUAAAGUCAUUAUCUUCUCUUAAAGUUCUUUCAUUCGCUUACAAUAAGCUCAAUGGAUCAUUGCCCGAUGAUGGGUUCUGUGGAUUAUUGAACCUCCAGGAGUUAGAUCUUCAAGAAAACAUGUUUAAUGGAAAUAUACCCGAAUGUUUCAACACGUUGUCAUCUCUUAAGAUGUUUGACAUUUCUUCAAAUCUUUUUACCGGAACGCUUUCGCCAUCUCUAAUGGCUAAUCUCACUUCCCUCCAAUAUGUUGAUUUUAGUUAUAACAAGUUUGAAGGUCCAUUCUCAUUCAGUUCAUUCUCCAAUCAUACAAAGCUUAAGGUAGUAAAAUUUAUAAGCGACAAUGAUAUGUUCGAGAUUGAAACAGAAGACCCUACAGGUUGGAUUCCAAUGUUCCAGUUAAAAGUUCUUGUGCUAUCAAACUGCAAUAUAAACAGGGCAAAGGGGAAUGUUUUUCCUAGUUUUCUAGUUAAGCAACGUAACUUACGAGUACUGGACAUGUCUCACAACUCCAUGAAGGGACAACUUCCGAAUUGGGUGAUUAAACAUAACCCAAUGCUGGAAGUACUUAUUCUAAGGAACAACUUAUUUUAUGGUACUAUCAUGUUGUUUCGCACAAAUCAUAACAUAAGGUUGUUCGAUUUAUCUGGAAAUCUAUUGACUGGUGUUGUUCCCAAAUUUUUACAAAGGUUCCUUCCAGGUAUAUCUCAUCUGGAUUUGUCCAGUAAUUCAUUAGAUGGUGUUAUUCCAUCUUCAAUUGGUGAUAUGAGCGAAUUAAAUGUACUGGAUUUAUCUAAUAAUAAGUUGUCUGGAGAAGUACCAAGUGGAUUGAUAGCAAACAAUUCUCGGUUGUUAUAUACAGUAAAACUGUCGAAUAAUAAACUUCAUGGUGAGGUGCUUUCUGGAAACUUUAGCUUGGAUGGCAUUUGGAAUCUUCACUUAGAUAACAACAAUUUCACAGGCAAUAUUGGAAAUUUGGCAGUCACGGGUUCUUUAGGUCUUUUGGAUAUUAGCAAUAACUUUUUUACCGGUUUGAUACCAAGUUGGAUAAGCAAUGUGAGCAUCAUUUCUGAACUUGUGUUGAGGAAUAAUAGCUUGGAAGGCCCAUUUCCUUGCGGAACAACUUCAUUCACGUUUCUCGACAUCUCAGAAAAUUUAUUGUCCGGGCCCAUCCCAUCUUGCUUAAAUACGCGACGUCUAGAGCAUCUUCAUUUAGGUUCCAAUAGCUUUACAGGACCGAUACCCGAUUCUUUUCGUAAUAUGACUAAAGUUUUAACUUUAGACAUAAGCAACAACUACUUGUCGGGUGAGAUUCCUAGUUUUUUUGGUAAAUUGUCCAAUCUAAUAAUUCUUCUCUUACGAGAAAAUAACCUUAUGGGUUCUAUUCCAAAACAGUUGUGCCAAUUAACUAAUGUUAGUUUGCUUGACUUAUCCAACAACUCCCUUUCUGGUUCAAUACCUAGUUGCCUCCAUAAUAUUACAGGUCCAAGUUACCAAGCUUUCGUGCAAGAAAGUACGGCAUUAAGUCAUGCGCCUUCAUUUUACAGUUAUAGAGGUUUUAUAACUAAAAUGCAGGACACCGAUGACAAUCAAUUCUACAGCCAACAAGACGAGGUUCAAUUUACAACAAAAAGCCUUCAUCUCACCUAUAAGGGUGUCAUUCUUGAUAUUAUGUCGGGAUUGGAUCUAUCAUGUAACAAACUAACUGGUGAAAUCCCUGAGGAGCUAGGAUUGUUGACCCAGAUUCGUGUUCUGAAUCUAUCUCACAAUGUGCUGACAGGGCCUAUUCCAGUGAAGUUAUCAAAUCUCACAAACAUAGAGAGCUUAGACCUUUCUUCUAACCAUUUGACUGGAAAAGUUCCACCAGAGCUAACUAAGUUGAAUUCUUUAUCUUCUUUCAACAUUUCUUUCAACAAUCUAUCAGGUAAACUCCCAGAAAUGACUGCACAGUUUAGUACAUUUACCAAAGAGAGCUAUGAAGGGAACGCACUUCUUUGUGGUCUACCGUUAGAGAACAAAUGCACCACUGACCCAGAGAGGACCUAUCCAUCCAAUAAUGAAGAAGGAACUCAUGAGAAAUGGUAUAAUGUGGAUAUGGUGUCCUUCUAUGGAAGUUGUGGUUCCACAUGGCUUGUGUUCAUGUCGGGAUUUGCAGCACUACUUUACAUCAAUCCGUACUGGCGUAGAAAGUGGCUAGACUUUGUUGAAGAAAUUAUGUUUACAUGUUAUUACUUCCUUCUUGAUUCAGUGAGGAGGCCUUUUGUGCUCUUACAUAACUAUGACUUAUAAUUUGUGCAAACUUGCUUUUUAUGUAUUUAUAUUAUAAAUUUUGUGUCUUGGUAGUUGAUGUAUCAUAUAUGUAUGAUAACUAGUUUUUGCCCCGCCCGCUUUACGGGGCAAUAAGCUGAAUAUUUCUCUCUCAUAACAU